CCAUCGCUGACAUCCUCCUCCGGCCGCCUCCCCGCCCCGGGCUGCGCGGCCCCCGCCGCCCCAGCGAGCGCUGCGCACAUCGCCCGAGCUGCAGCACCGAGCGAAUGUAUGAAAACAUGUCCACAAUGGUGUAUUUAAAGGAAGAGAAGUUGGAGAAGCUUACUCAAGAUGAAAUCAUUGCCAAAACUAAGCAAGUGAUUAAUGGACUAGAGGCACUGAAGAAUGAACACAAUUCAAUUUUACAGAGCUUACUUGAAACACUGAAAUGUUUGAAGAAAGAUGAUGAAACUAAUCUGGUUGAAGAAAAAUCAAACAUGAUUCGAAAGUCACUGGAAAUGCUGGAGCUUGGCCUUAGUGAAGCACAGGUAAUGAUGGCUUUGUCAAAUCACUUAAAUGCAGUGGAAUCAGAGAAGCAGAAAUUGCGGGCUCAGGUUCGCCGGCUCUGCCAGGAGAAUCAGUGGCUACGGGACGAACUAGCCAAUACACAGCAGAAACUACAGAAAAGUGAGCAGUCUGUAGCUCAGCUGGAGGAAGAAAAGAAACAUUUAGAAUUCAUGAAUCAAUUAAAAAAAUACGAUGACGAUAUUUCACCAUCAGAGGAUAAAGACACAGAUUCCACCAAAGAGCCUUUGGAUGAUCUAUUUCCCAAUGAUGAAGAUGACCAAGGACAAGGAAUUCAACAGCAGCAUAGCAGUGCAGCAGCUGCUGCCCAGCAAGGUGGCUAUGAAAUUCCAGCAAGAUUACGGACCCUACAUAAUCUUGUUAUCCAGUAUGCUUCCCAAGGUAGAUAUGAGGUUGCUGUACCUCUCUGUAAACAAGCUCUUGAAGAUCUGGAGAAGACUUCAGGUCAUGACCAUCCCGAUGUUGCCACUAUGUUGAACAUACUUGCUUUGGUGUACAGAGACCAGAACAAAUACAAAGAUGCAGCAAAUCUCCUGAAUGAUGCCUUGGCCAUCCGUGAAAAGACUUUGGGCAAAGAUCAUCCAGCGGUGGCAGCAACUCUUAACAAUCUUGCAGUACUUUAUGGUAAACGGGGAAAGUACAAAGAAGCAGAACCGUUGUGUAAGCGAGCUCUGGAAAUCAGAGAAAAGGUCCUGGGGAAAGAUCACCCUGAUGUUGCCAAGCAAUUAAAUAACUUGGCUUUGCUAUGCCAGAACCAGGGUAAAUACGAGGAGGUUGAAUAUUACUAUCAGAGGGCACUUGAAAUCUACCAAACUAAGCUGGGACCAGAUGAUCCAAAUGUUGCAAAAACAAAGAACAAUCUGGCAUCCUGCUAUCUAAAACAGGGCAAGUUUAAGCAAGCGGAAACUUUAUACAAAGAGAUUCUUACUCGCGCUCAUGAACGGGAAUUUGGCUCUGUAGAUGAUGAAAAUAAGCCUAUCUGGAUGCAUGCAGAAGAGAGGGAAGAAUGCAAAGGGAAGCAAAAAGAUGGCACAUCUUUUGGAGAAUAUGGUGGCUGGUACAAAGCUUGCAAAGUUGACAGUCCAACAGUAACUACUACUUUAAAGAACCUUGGGGCACUUUACAGACGACAGGGAAAAUUUGAAGCUGCUGAAACAUUAGAAGAGGCAGCAAUGAGAUCUCGUAAACAGGGUCUUGACAAUGUUCACAAACAGAGAGUGGCCGAAGUGCUGAAUGACCCUGAGAGCAUGGAGAAGCGGCGGAGCAGAGAGAGCCUCAACGUGGAUGUGGUAAAGUACGAGAGUGGCCCUGAUGGCGGCGAGGAAGUGAGUAUGAGCGUAGAGUGGAACGGGGAUGGCACUGGAUCUCUCAAGCGCAGUGGUUCCUUUAGCAAGCUCCGAGCAUCCCUUAGACGCAGCAGUGAGAAGCUGGUUAGGAAGCUGAAGGGAGGAAAUUCCCGGGACAGUGAACCAAAGAACCCAGGCAUGAAGCGUGCCAGUUCUCUGAAUGUUCUUAACAUGGGUGGCAAGGCUACUGAAGAUCAUUUUCAAGAACGAAAUAAUUGUCUGACAGACUCGCGAGCUCUGAGUGUCAGUCAUUCUGAUCUGGCGCACUGAGAUUUGGGACAGAAGCUAGCUCAUAUUCCUGUGUGAAUAAAGAAGCACUGAGACCUUCAAAGCUUUGGUUCCUUAUCCUUGUCUAUAGGAACACCUAGUUUGUAGAUGUUGUUGGUUUUUUUUCCAAUGGACUGCUGGUUUUACUUUUUAAAUAGGGACAAUUUUAAACACAGCAUUAGUGAGUGUUUUCUUCCAAGGGAAAACUAUAGAUACAUAUUGCUUGUUGCACUGCUCCCAUUCAUGCUACUUACAUAAAUUUCUUUAAUAGAGCUGACUAUUACAGCGUCGAAAAAAAAAGAAAAAAAAGCAAAAAUGCAAACACAUUCAAAGCAUACCAAAAUGCAAUGGUGUUGGAAAAUUUAAGCAAAAUUAAAUGUGUGGCAGUAAAUACAUACAGUGCUGGAAUGAGAAGUAGAUAAAUUUACGUGCAUUACUGUAGAAAUUCCAGUUGAGCAUUCUGUAAUGGUGGGGUUUGCCCUUGCACCACUGAUUCUUGUAAUGGUAGAAGCCUUGACUAGCAAAACAGCACUUGGACAUGACUGACUUAACCACUUGACUGAGCUAUUAAAUCUUACAGAAAUGAUGGCUGGGGGUAAGUUACAUUUAGAUAAAAUGCAUAGCAACACCUGUGAGCAUAACUUUUGGUAUUUGUAUGUCUUAGGGCACAAUAAUCAAUACAUAUAGGAUGGUUUAUGUACAUGAGGAGAAAUGGAAAAAAACCUUUACUUUGUGUGAUUGAAGAAUAUUCAAGUUUUGGACUGCAACUGUCCCAGAGCAGCUGCUGCUGCUCUCAGGGAGACAUCGAACCUCAGGUUGACUUUCUUGCUUGUCCACUGGAAUUCACAGUCCCAUUCUCUGUUUGCUGAAAGUGCCCAACGUUUCCUUAUGCUGAUCCCAAAUCCUGCCUUUCUCCACACCAGCUGGUGACAGCAGAAGCAGGCACUGCACGCUGGGAUGUCACACUGCGGAGUAGCUGCUCUGCAGGGACCACUCUGUGCUAAGGGCCCCUGUGGAAGCACUCAAUGGCUGUAAGUGACCUGUGUGACCACAUAUCCAUGUUAAAUCCACUUAGGUUAAUAUAUAUAUAUAUAUAUAUAUAUAUAUGCUGUCUGUAUACAGGACUGCUGCUGAAACAAAGUAUAUAUGUUUUAAGGAUGUUAUAGACA